UUUAUGUUUUAACUUAAAGCCUCAGCUGACCCAUAAAUCUCUCUCUCUCUAUCAGUAAAUAUAUACAGUAUAAGUGAAGUUAGUGAAGAGAAAUGAUCUUUCACUUUUUGAAGUUGAAGUUGUUCCUGGUCAGGAAGUUUAAAAUAUCAACUGCAGCUCAGGAUGUGACAUCAUCAGACAUUUUUGCACAUAUCUGAGUCUAUCGAGCCCCAUAAACUGAGACACGGAAGACAAGAACUUCAUAUAUCACAAACCAAAGCAUACACAGAAAGGAAUCGCAGUGUUUCCUAACAUGGAGCUGAAGUGCACACUUAUUCUUUUUGGUUCGUUCCUGCUGUGUAGUGAGUCUCGUGAAUGUGAUGAAGGAUUCAUGAAAAUAAACAAGACCUUUGUUUUUUGUCAUAAUGAGGAUGAAGAUGAGUGUGCGACGCCGAAUCUGUGUGGUGAUAACACUCGGUGUAUCAAUACACAUGGAAGUUACUACUGCACCUGUGAUGAAGGAUUUUUCUUAGUCUCACCCAGUUUCACAUCAGAUACAGGACAGUGUGUAGAUGAGGAUGAGUGUUUGUCCUCAGUGUGUGGAGUUCACAGCGAUUGCACUAACACACCUGGCAGUUUCUUCUGCACCUGUUAUCCAGGGUUUGAUAAACUUGAGAACGGCACCUGUGCAGACAUCAAUGAGUGUGCAGAUCCAGAUGUUUGCGGCAAAAACGCCGACUGCCUCAAUUAUCCAGGCAGAUACAGCUGCAGAUGUCACCAGGGUUACAGUAACUACGGCAACGACCAGUCAAAAUGCAAGGAGAUGAUGCAGUUCUGUCACUGAGAGUCUCAUUUGUGGAAGACGACGUCUGGCGUCCAUUAUCAGAUGGACAGAGAAAUCCUUCAAAUUAUCAGCUGUGGAUCUGAUUUAAAUAAUUAAAAAUAAAUACUAAAAUAAU